UGGCCCCUGGCUUUGUCUGGCUGCCAAUCUAAAGCAUGUACCUACGCAGGAGCCGAUGACAUUUUGGCUCCACUUUCAAAGUUUUUUUUUUUCUUUCUCAUGUGUUAUUUCUAAAGAAGAUAACAAAGGUCAAAAGGCAUCCAGCAUUUUCUGGUUUCUCAUAAGCUUCUGGUCAAUAUUUAAUCUGGUUUAUGGAUUUUUUUUAGGUCUUCUAGAUGCCUUCUUGAGCCUGCCCGUGGCCACCCACAGACACUUGUAAGGAGGAGAGAAGUCGGCCUGGCACAGACACUCUGAAAUGAGGGAUUAGAGCCCGGGAUCUAAGGAGGAAGAGCUACAGCCAGAAGACGAGGGAGCAGGCCCUGAAGACGCGUCUACUGAGAGGUCUGCCAUGGCCUCUCUUGGCCUCCAACUUGUGGGCUACAUCCUGGGCCUGCUGGGGCUGUUGGGAACCCUGGUUGCCAUGCUACUCCCCAGCUGGCGAACAAGCUCUUACGUCGGUGCCAGCAUCGUGACCGCAGUCGGCUUCUCCAAGGGCCUCUGGAUGGAGUGUGCCACACACAGCACAGGCAUCACCCAGUGUGACAUCUACAGCACCAUGCUGGGCCUGCCUGCUGACAUCCAGGCUGCCCAGGCCAUGAUGGUGACGUCCAGUGCAAUCUCCUCCUUGGCCUGCAUUGUCUCUGUGGUGGGCAUGAGAUGCACAGUCUUCUGCCAAGAGUCCCGAGCCAAAGACAGAGUGGCGGUGGUGGGCGGAGUCUUCUUCAUCCUUGGAGGCCUCCUGGGCUUCAUCCCUGUUGUCUGGAAUCUUCACGGGAUCUUGCGGGACUUCUACUCCCCACUGGUGCCUGACAGCAUGAAAUUUGAGAUCGGAGAGGCUCUUUACUUGGGCAUUAUUUCCUCCCUGUUCUCCCUGGUAGCUGGAAUCAUCCUCUGCUUUUCCUGCUCGCCCCGGGGAAAUCGGUCCAACUACUACGAUGCCUACCAGGCCCAGCCCCUGGCCACUAGGAGCUCUCCAAGGCCUGGUCAACCACCCAAAGGCAAGAGUGAGUUUAACUCCUACAGCCUGACAGGGUAUGUGUGAAGGACCAGGGGCCAGAGCUCGGGGGUGGCUGGGUCUGUGAAAACCAGUAGACAGCCUCCCCCAGGGCCACAGGUGAGGGACGUUGCCACUGGAUCGUGUCAGAAGGUGCUGCUGAGGAUAGACUGACUUUGGCCACUGGAUCGAGCAAAGGCAGGAAUGGGAGCUGGUGUGACAGCGUGCAGGCUGAACUGUCAAGAUGCUUGUCAAGUCAGACUUUCUGUUUCCUUCAUCCUGGCUCCCCAUCUCCCACCCUGAGUCCCCAACCCUCAACUCCACUCCACUCCCCCCUGAGGCCAGGCCCCAGAGUCUCCCCUUUACCUUCUGCUUUACCUGGGAAUCCAUCCCCAAACCCACUAAUCACAUGCCACUGACUGACCCUCUCUGUGAUCAAAGACCCUUCCUCUUGCUGAGGUUGGCUCUUAGCUCAUUGCUGGGGGAUGGGGGUGGGUGGGAAGAAGUGGCGGGUUCCGUGGGCAUGGCGCUAACCUCCUUCUCAAGCCUCCCUGCAGAGAAACUGAUUGGCCAGUAAUGGGCCCUGGAGCCUCGUCCAUCCCACUCUUGUUAUGACUCCACAGUGUCUAGACUGGUUUGUGUAUGAACCGAAAUAAAGCCAUCCCACAGUAUGGAGGGAACAGAGAGCAGCUGGGUGUAGAAUGAGACGGGGAGGGCAGCCUCGGA